AUGACAGAGGUGCUCCACUCCUCAUCUUCCUCUUCUUCCCCUUCAAUAUCCACACCUACCCACAACAAUGCCACAUUGUUUCGUCAUACUCAGUCAUAUGCGGGUGAGGAGGGGAUUUCUGAUGUGACGGGCGGUGACAUAGCAGAGAAGGAGGAGGAAAAUAGGGUGAAGGAGAAGAGAGAGAAGGACAGGAGGGAUCAACUUUCUCUUUUGGCACUUUUGGUGACUCUCUUUCGAAAGAGAUUUUGGUUGGCUUGCAAGAUGGAUAGAGAAGAGUUUACUGGUGCCGGCAGUGCCAGUUGUGGUCGUGGUGUUAUGGAAAUUGGAUGGCCAACUGAUGUGCAGCAUGUUAAUCAUGUUACGUUUGAUCGAUUUGAUGGGUUCUUGGGCUUGCCUGUGGAGUUUGAGCCUGAAGUACUCCGGAGGGCCCCUAGUGCAAGUGCCACUGUUUUUGGAGUUUCUACAGAAUCAAUGCAGCUAUCAUACGAUCCUAGAGGCAAUAGUGUUCCAACCAUUCUCCUACUGCUGCAAAGGCGUUUGUAUGCUCAAGGAGGCCUGCAGGUAGAAGGGAUCUUCAGAAUCACUGCAGGAAAUAGUCAGGAAGAGUAUGUGAGGGACCAAUUAAACAGUGGCGUGGUUCCAGAAGGCAUUGAUGUGCACUGUUUAGCAGGCCUGAUCAAGGCUUGGUUCAGAGAACUACCGAGAGGGGUGCUAGAUUCUCUUUCUUGUGAGGAGGUAAUGCGGUGCCAGUCAGAAGAGGAUUGUGAUGCACUUGAACAUCAAAACAAGAUGAAUGCACGCAACAUUGCAGUGGUAUUUGCUCCGAACAUGACACAGAUGGCAGAUCCAUUGACUGCAUUGAUGUAUGCAGUACAAGUGAUGAACUUCCUCAAGACUCUAAUAGAGAAGACUUUAAGAGAAAGAGAAGAUUCCCUUAUAGAACCAGCUCCCAUCUCCCACAUGGAACAUUCUGAUGAUAAUUGCCAUCAGGAUUCUUCACAACUACAUCUGGACAAUCUCGUUGAAUCAAAUGAAGAUAGAGAAGAUACCUUCAUUGCAGAGGAUCCCAAUUCAGAUGGUGCUUCUGAUUCCAACCAAGUGGAUAACCUCACUGAUGAGGAACAUCUCACUUAUUCAACGUUUACUGAAGAAUCUGAUGCAAGUGUACCUUAUGGUGUUAACAGUGGAGGAGAAGCCAAAGUAAUUAAUGCUCGGCUUGAAGAGAACCAUGAGAGAAGCAAAACAGACCAAUCAAGUGCUUCAAAUCCCACAAAAACUGAAGGAAAAGUUAACAGGCUGCAACUUGUGGAUAUGGCUAUGGAAACCGAAAACAAGAUAGGAAUUAGCAAUUUAAGCCGUAUAAAUUCGGUGACAGAACGAAUUGAAGCUUGGCGAUAA